UAUCCCAACCCAAUCAAACCAACUGAUUGUCUACGAAAAAAAUCCUCAUGUGCGUGUGUAGUUAGAUUAGAUCAAUUUUAGAGCAAUUUUGUGUAAGAAACUUUAUAUGCGAUUUAAGGUUGAUUAAACAAGUAAUAAACGACUGGAGCUUGCAGAAAAAUACAGUUUGUAACCAAUUCCACCCAAUUAAGUUACAUACUUCACUUAGAUACAUUCUGCGUCUAUCGCAAUAUGGCCGUCCUGUAAUGAUUUGGUGGCCAGUAAUAUUAUUGUGAUUUCAUUGUAUGCUAAAUACCAAAAUGGAGCUUCGAGUCGGUAAUAAAUACCGACUGGGCCGUAAAAUCGGUUCGGGAUCUUUUGGAGACAUUUAUCUUGGAACAAAUAUUGUCACUAAAGAAGAAGUAGCUAUCAAAUUAGAAUGUAUAAAGACAAGGCAUCCACAAUUACACAUAGAGAGCAAGUUUUAUAAGCUUAUGCAAGGAGGAGUUGGUAUACCUGCAAUAAAAUGGUGUGGCUCGGAAGGAGAUUACAAUGUAAUGGUUAUGGAAUUGCUUGGACCUUCAUUGGAAGACCUUUUUAAUUUCUGCUCGCGCCGUUUCUCCCUCAAGACUGUUCUACUCCUUGCUGAUCAACUCAUUACCCGGAUUGAGGAUAUACAUUACAGGAACUUCAUUCAUAGGGAUAUAAAACCAGAUAACUUUCUUAUGGGCCUAGGUAAAAAAGGGAAUUUAGUGUACAUAAUAGAUUUUGGCUUAGCGAAAAAGUACAAAGAUGCACGCACAUUGCAACAUAUCCCAUACAGAGAAAACAAAAACUUAACAGGCACAGCGAGAUACGCAUCAAUAAACACACAUUUAGGCAUCGAACAAUCGCGCCGCGAUGAUCUGGAGUCAUUGGGCUAUGUACUCAUGUAUUUCAAUCGUGGAAGCCUUCCCUGGCAAGGGCUGAAAGCCGCUACCAAACGCCAGAAGUACGAGAGAAUAUCUGAAAAGAAACUGUCAACCCCUUUCGACGAACUUUGCAAAAAUCAUCCUAUCGAAUUUCAACUGUACCUUAAAUACUGCCGACGGCUACGUUUUGAGGAGAGACCUGACUACAGUCAUCUCCGUCAGUUGUUCCGCACACUCUUCCAUCGACAAGGGUUCACAUACGACUACGUGUUUGAUUGGAAUAUGCUCAAAUUCGGUGGUCAGCGCGGCAAUUAUCAAUCGGGUGGCAAUGACCGUACACUAAGACGUCAUGAACAAAAUCAAGAACAAGAAAACACGGCAGGCGCGGCGGGACAGCCGAGCACUACGGUGGCCGCCAUCUCGGAGUGGCGGUGAGGGAUCUUGGUGUCGUCGCAGUGUUAACACCACCACUAUGGAACCACGUUCGUAUUGUGACCUGCAUGUUCUAUUCGCCCGAACAAGCUAACACAGACUCGAUAUAUUCACGUAUUAAGACGGUGUGUUUUAACGACGACUUAUCAUGUCAUCGAACCGCGCAGUAGGAAUUGAGGCGCGAACGUCGUUGGACGUUAUCACGUUUUGAGAUAGAUUCUGUAUUAAAGUAAGGAAACAAUUUUGUAUGCAUCCGUGUUAACAUUCAUAUUAUUGUAAAUUAUUUAAUUGUAGGAUAUAAGUGUGAUGAUGAGUGGGCCGUGAAAUGAAACGUUAUAUUUGUUUGAAUGACACUCAUUUAAGCAUAGAGUAAUUAAUAGGCCUACCCAUGCAUCGUUGUACUUUAUGCUCAGUUAUAUUUAGAAGUAAGAUACAUAAUAUUUCAUAUUGGUAAGGUAAUACUAUAAUAUUGUCAAAAGGCCCGCAAAAUCUGUUGUGGGCCUUGACUAUGCAGAUAAGUUACUAAAAUCAACCUUUUGACAAGCUUAAGUAAUCUACUUGGUGAUAUACUUAAGUCUUAAUGAUUUUAUGUUCUUGGCACAAUUAAAAAAAAUGUUAUUGAUCUGGUAAUUUAACUCUAAAGCAUUUCAAUUAUUACUAACUUUGAUAAACGGUUACACACGAUUACAUCAGAUCGUGUAAAACGCGAGGCAGUAAAUUACAUGGUCCAUGGUUAUCUUCUAAAAGUAUUCAAUUAUUGCGAACCAAAUGAGUCGCUUAGUGACACUUUGCUUGAAAAAUAGUCUGUCAUACUUAACACAAACUUUUUUCUACAAUUUUAAGAACAUUUUGGAGUUUGUAUUUUCAAAAUGUAAUGUGGCAAAUUAAGCUUCCUACAUAAUUAUAAUCAGAUGUUGACCUGAGACGUCCAGUGAUGAUAUUUAAAAUGGACAAACUCAACCAGAUUGGCCAAUAAUGUUCAUAUUGUGGAUUCUGCUGGCUCUUUGUUGUUUCUAAAAAAAUAAUAAUUCAAUCAAUCAUAUUUUGUGCAAUAUAGUAUUUUUUGUUUUAGUUAUUUUGCUAUAAGAUAAUAGCAUUAUGUUGAUUAUAGCAUUUUGUCUUCCAAGUUGAGUUAAAAUAUAUUAAUCACAUUCUUGUUUUGUGCUAAAAAUAAUUCUAAGUAUGUGACGUACAGGGCAUCUGUCAAAGGUCUGAAUGGAAUGGUCUUGUGUAAUAUUUUCAUUUUCAAUAGUACUGAUGAUUUGGUAGGCCAUUCCUGUAAUCCCUUAUUGUACCUCUGUUUGGAUAGACGGCCUAAAGUGGUAAUGUUAAAUCAUUCUUUACAAUUUAUGUCCAGCCACUGCCAUAGUUUAAUCUAGGUAAGUUAAUUCAAAAACAUAAUUGGCCCAUGAAUACACUGCAUUGAUUAAUUGUAAACUAUGUUUGUUUGUCUUUUCUUUUGUAAAAUAUUCCUUUCACUUAAUAAUAAUCUUUAUUUUGAUGAUUUAAUUUUAAUUUCGCGUGCAUCCAACUGUACGUACAUUCCCUUUGGAGCUAUUAUCCUUUAAAUUGUGUACUUUCUUUUAACCGAUCUAGAGCUUCUAGGAAUCUAUGAUCUCAUAUAAAUUACCAAAUUUUCUCAUACAUAAUGUACCUAGUUCAAUUAAAUCUGUUACCAUUCUCGUAUUCUCUCAAUAUAUUUUGUUCGUUUGCUUUUAAAUGCAGAGCUGUAAAAUUCCUAUUCUCUGUCUAUAAUAUUUAGCCAAUAAUAAUAUUAUAAUGAUUAAUUUGUAAACAAAGUUUAAAGAAAUACGAUUUUUUAACGAAUGACAUAUUUUUUCAUUAAAUCAUAAUGUGGACAGCAUCACCUCUUAAUAUGACUGAGAAUUAGGUUCAAUUUUUAUGUAAAUACAUAAUGGUUAAUAUAUUCAAGUUCAUUUCAAGGGUUUGUAUUGCAAAGCUUUGAGAUUUCCAAAUCAUCCUGACAUGAUAUUGUAUAGAUAGGGGUUUAGUUUAGAAUAAAAAUCAUCUAAGCGUUUUUUACCUGACUUUCUGAAAAAGAAGAGGUUCUAUGAACAGGCACUAUGAUAGUAUGAUCUUGUUAUCAUAUUGGUAAACUUGUGGCCAACAUCUUACGUUCAUUGUUUUAUGCACAUUAUUCUAAGUUCUUAUCCAACAUUAAAUUAAUUAGAUCUACAGGGUAUUUAGUAGCAUUUUGAGUCAUGCAUGUAAAACAAUUUUCUGUUUGGAUAAAGGACAAUGGGCAGAUUGGUAUACCCCACCAAUAGCAAUGUCAUAUAUAUCAUUGGAUAGGCCUUUUUAUGUAGAACAAUAUUUACUAUGACAGCUUUGCUGAAAUGUUUGUCCGUUCUGAGAUAUAGAUCAAAAACUGUGCAAAAGUUAGAACUAAGUAAUCUAUUGAUAACUCAAGUUUUUAAAGGAAAAUCUAAGAACUACUAAGUGUAAGUCUUGUAUGUUCUACCUGCUGUACCCGUUAAGGUCCAUAAUUGUUACUAUUAUGUAGCAUUUGAAUCUUUUAUUGUACCAACUGGAUAUUGCGCGUAAUGAGAAACCGCACCAAUAGCAAAGUCACACAUAUCGAUGGAUAGGUCUUUUUAACUGGAACAACAUUUACCAUGACAGCUUUGUUCUAUUGUUUGUCCGUUCUGAGAUAUAGAUAAAAAACAAUCUGAAAACUAAUGCUGACCAAUCUGUAAUCUGAUUUUCUUUGAAACAAGGCUUAAAGUUAUUAGUACUAAGUUUUUCCUUUAAAAACUUGAGGUAUCAAUAGAUUACUUAGUUCUAACUUUUGCACAGUUUUUGAUCUAUAUCUCAGAACGGACAAACAUUUCAGCAAAGCUGUCAUAGUAAAUGUUGUUCUACAUAAAAAGGCCUAUCCAAUGAUAUAUAUGACAUUCCUAUUGGUGGGGUAUACCAGGUCCCAUACAUUUGUGCCCAUUGUCCUUUUGUAGACAGUUCAAAGACGAUCCACUAGGUAACGGAACAGUCGUAUUACUUUUCAACGCUGUGCCAAUAUUGAUAUCAGUGUAUUUUUAGCGUUUAAAAUAUGAGUGUGUUUUAGUUAAUGCCUUCAUUUAGAAGUUCGUAAUAUGUUAGUACCCAAAUAUUAUAAUGAUAUUGUGUUGCUAAUAUUCUUAUGAAUUUAUAUUAAUUAUUGUAUAAUAGAUGAUGUUUUCGUGUUCAAAUACAUGGAGGCGACGAGUGUCGUGACUAAUACAUAAGUGAUGGUCGGGAGUGCGGCGGUACUGUGUCCUGUGCUUGUCGUCAGUGUGGGAGCGCAACUUGUAUCUCAAUGCUUUGCCGAGGGAAGGUCGUGGCUUGCUCCUAAAGUUAAGUGUACGCUAUAAACGACGAAAGACUUUACGGACUUAAUUUUGUAAAUAUUAAGUUUAAGGUUAUUAAGUAAGCAGACACACUGUUUUUUACAAUAUCCUAGGUAAUGGAAUAAAUACAUACAUAACUGUUGUAGCGUUAAUGUCAUUGAAAUUAUUUUGCUGUUAUUGUAUUUUUUGUAGACGUAUGCGUGACAUAAUGAUAUAUAAUGUCUUUGAGGUCGAAAGUUGCGUAUAUUUAAUAUUCUUCAGUUACUGAUAUAGGGGAGGGAACAAAUCUAAAUUAGUAGUUUUAGAAUGAAUAAGGGAUUUAGGAAAACAUCGUGGCUUUUAUUGAGUAUGAUACAAUUUAAAUUUAAGUGUCCGUAUCCGCAUACGUUUUGUUCCCUCCGAAGAAGACGAAAUUGUACUAAUAACAUGAGACUAAUAAAAUUGGAUUCUUGUAGAUUAACCAUGCUACGUUUUAAUUUAUCUUUUCGUAUAAUUUCAUCGAAAUAAAAUGUGCUAGCCUAUCUUAGCAUAUUACGCAUUAUAAAAAAAUGUUAUGCUUGCAUUGUUUUUAUGUCCAGUAUGUAUAAAUUCCUUUGGCACAAUAAACUGAGUAAAAUCAA